AUUACACAAUUCAUCAGGUCUCUGCAUGACUCUUAAACCCAAGGCUACCAAUGCUAUAUCCCAAGCCUACAUAAGCACACUAAUCCCUGCUAACCUAGCACUCUCACAUUUACUUCCCAAUAAUUCGGACAUAAGAUCUGAACCACCCAUGUUGGCAGUUACCCCUUGUUUACCACAAGCUCCAAAAGAAUUUUCACCAGGCAUUGGACGUUGUGCCUUUUCACCUAACUAUUAUACUCCCAAUUCUGAAAAAGUGUCAUCUGGACUCUCCCCAAACUGCGGCUGCGCCUCCUUUCCUUUUCCAGAGA